AUGUUCUCCGCCCUCAGAACAGAAGAGGGACUCGGCGAGGAGCUUGAAGAUGGCCAACCCACCGCAACCUACUAUACGCUCGAUGAGGAGCGUCGUCGUGCACUCGCCAAUGUCGAUAAUGCCAACUUCAGCUGGUUUCACGUAAAGGUGUCUAUAGUCACAGGCGUCGGCUUUUUUACGGACGCUUACGAUAUUUUCGCCAUCAGCAUCGCGGCGCAAAUGCUGGGCUACCUAUAUGGCGGGAAUGGAUCUGGUCUAUCACGCGCCCUGACCCAAAAUCAGGCACUCGGCGUGAAGGUCGCGACCCCCAUUGGAAGCAUCUUCGGCCAACUGGUAUUUGGUUGGUUAGCAGACUUGGUAGGCCGUAAGCGAAUGUACGGGAUAGAGCUCAUGGUCAUAAUUGUUUCGACUUUCAGUCAAGCUGUCGCCGGUCAGGCCGAGGCUGUAAACAUACUGGGUGUCAUUGUUGUCUGGAGGUUCAUUAUGGGCGUUGGUAUUGGUGGCGACUAUCCCCUCUCUGCCGUCAUCUCCUCCGAGUUCGCCUCCACACGCAACCGUGGCCGGCUUAUGACGGCUGUCUUCGCCAAUCAAGGAUGGGGUCAGCUCACCAGCUCUAUCGUUUCAUACAUCGCCGUCGUUUCCGGGAAGCAGGCACUUCUGGGCGACAGUGUCAACAACAUGAAAUCCAUUGACUAUAUGUGGCGUUUAAUCAUCGGUCUCGGCUGCGUUCCCGGUGUCAUCGCCCUCUACUUCCGGUUGACCAUCCCCGAGACGCCCCGUUUUACCAUGGACAUCGAGCGCAACCUCCGGCAGGCCGUGCUGGACAUCGAUAACCUCCUCAUAAGGGACUCCUACUGGGUCGACCCCGACAUUGCCGUGCAGCGUGUGAAUGCACCCAAAAGAUCCAAUCGCGACUUCUUCCAUUAUUUUAGCAAGUGGGAGAACGCACGUCAGUUGGUGGGCUGCGCGUACUCCUGGUUCGCUCUUGAUAUCGCAUUUUACGGUCUCAUAUUGAACAACAACACCAUCUUGACUUCGAUUCCCAGCGUUACUUGCGACAACACAGAAUGUGUAUAUCACGAACUCCGCAAAAUCUGCAUCGGCAACAUCAUCCUUUCCGUCGCUGGACUCAUUCCCGGCUACUGGAUGACCUUCUUGUUCAUCGACAGAUGGGGCCGCAAGCCGAUUCAGCUCAUGGGCUUCAUCGUGCUCACAGCGCUGUUCAUCAUCAUGGGGUUCGGAUAUGAGGCGCUGAUGAAGACAGGCCCGGGUCAAAAGGCGUUCAUUUUCCUCUACUGCUUGGCAAAUUUCUUUUGGAACUUCGGGCCAAACACGACGACGUUCAUCAUCCCCGGCGAGGCGUUCCCGACACGCUACCGCUCAACUGCGCACGGCAUCUCCGCAGCGAGCGGUAAGUUCGGCGCGGUCAUCUCGCAGGUCGGCUUUGGUUUGUUGGCGAGCAAAGGCGGGGCUCCGGGGAGUGACGUCUAUCUGGGUCAUGUUCUCGAGAUCCUCGCACUCUUCAUGGUGACAGGCGUGUUCUCCACGCUGCUCAUCAAGGAGACGAACCAGCGGACACUCGAGGAGAUCUCGAACGAGGACCAGAGGGGCUUUGUGCGCGGCACCGUCCCUCUGGCACAAUUGUAG